AUGGGGUUGGGUAAGAGCGCGACUGCGGGCAGUGGACGGGAGCGGCGGGCGAGCCGCCAGGCUGACUGCCUCUGCCUGACCCAGACCCCCCGGGGCCGGGCCAGCAGCCUGCCCACGACCUCCCGCGGCAAGCGCUUUCAGCUUUGGGCCCUAGGACUUUUCUGCACCGAGCGCCACCUGGCCAGGCGCCUCAAGAACAACAGCUUCUACCCGUUUACGCAGCUGCAGCCCGACGCCCCGCGGCCGCUCAGGUGGUCCCCGCGGCGCCAGCAGGUGCGGAAGCAGGAGACUUGGGGCUUCUCGGCGUACGGCAUGGGCGUGGGCCUGUGGCUCAUGAUCUCAUCGCUGCCGCGGCGCCGCCUGGUGCUGAACCACGCGCGCGGCUUGUACCACUUCUCCAUCGAGGGCCGCACCGUGUGCCAGGGGCCCAUGCACCUGCUCUACGUGCGCCUGGCGCUCAGCUCCGACGCCUACGGAAGGUGUUUCUUCCAGCUGGUCCUCUGUGGUCACAAGCUAGAGCCGCUGGUGCUGGUGCAGCUGUCGGAGUGCUACGAGCAAACGGAAUACCUGGGCCGUCACAUCGCCCGGAAACUCAACAUUAACUACUUCGAUUAUCUGGCCACGUCCUACCGGCACGUGGUCCGCCACUGGCCUCUGGGGUCGACCUUCAGCCCAGGCAUCCUGUUGCGCAAGAACCGCAUCUACAGAAAGCCGAGCCGCUCUCUGUCCGACCUGGAAGUGUGACUCUGUGGGCCUGUCCUCCUCCCUGCCCCCUACUCCCAGGAGUGCAUUCUCCCCUCCAACCUCUUCCCGGGCCUGUCACUUUCAGUCUGGG